AUGCUUAAAGAGGCCAAUGAACAAAUUGACAAACUUCGUGCUGAUAUGAAGAUAAUUGAUGAAGGGCUCAAUCAAUUAAAGAAAAGAUAUGAUCGAAUUUAUGGACAAGAAAAAGAUGCUGCAAAAUGUCCGGAUAUUGUUACCCAAUCUGGAUUUACUGCGAGUAGAUAUGCAGGUGUAUGGUAUGAAGUAUAUCGAAAUACUAUUUUAUUUGAACUUGGUGCUAAAUGUGUCAAUGCAACUUAUACACUACAAAAUGAUGGAUCAAUUGGAGUAUUCAAUCAAGCUAUUAACUGGUUUGGCCAUUAUACUAGUAUAAAUGGAACAGCCAAAGUGAAAAAUUCUGCACAACCUGGUUCAUUAGUUGUUAAUUUCGAUAGUCCGCGUACACAGGGUGACUAUAAUGUAAUCAGUACAAAUUAUGAUGAUUAUGCACUAGUCUAUUCAUGUCGAAAUUUUUUCUUCGAUUGGUUCAAAUGGGAAUCAAUAUGGUUUCUUUCACGAACAAAAACAUUACCUGCAGAAACAGUCGAUGCAUUGAAAAAUAUCUUAUCAAACAUGGGCGUCAGUACAAGUAAACUUAAACAAACAAAUCAGAACUGUUAA